UAUCAUGCCCGCACCAGAUGACUCCCCUUCCAAGGAGGAUCUGGCCCAGGGUGAUCUGGAGACUCCAGAAACUCAGAAAGUGCCUAGAACAGCAGCCAAGAAGAAGCCAGGACCUGUGGGGGAGAGUAGAAGAGAUCCCUCCUUGCAGAAAGGAAGCUUAUCCUCUGAAAAAGAGGCAGAACAACCCCUGGAAUGGAUGGCUCCUCAAUGGGCAGACCAAUACCCUCACAGUUUGGAGCGCAGCUUGGUGGCAAUAG